CUUUCAUUCAUUGUCAUUUCCAGCCAUAAUGGCAUUGAGCGUUGACAAUGCUUGCCAAGCACUCGUCGCUCUCGCCGAGCAAUCGCGCUCCGUUGGAAACAUUGCUGCUGCGAUCAAGUGUCUGACCGCGGCUGUUGAUGCGCACCCGAGCCCGCGGCUGGAAGUUCGGAUCCGAUUGGAGCUGGGAAGUCUGCUCGCUCAGCACGGCGAUGAUGAAACGCUCGAAACUGCGCGAAUGCACCUGGAGCGAGUCCUUUUGACAUCCACGUCGAUGUCGGGCGUCGAUGAAGUUCGUUUCCGCGCAACGCUGGUUCUGGCCGAUCUGUACUGCCAGGCAGACCCGUCGGGUCGAUUGGCUCGCAAUAUCCUACGACCAGCGCUAGAUGCGUCUCUUGGGUUUUUGGACUGGAACUUUUGCCUCCUUUUUGCAUCAGCCGAGCUGGCAGCAGAGCAAGGCGCCGUGGACGAAGCAGUGCAGUUUCUUGAGACGGGACUGGAGCGCGCUCGUCAGCACGAAUUGGUGCAGGCAGAGGUUCUAUUCGCCCUUGCCCAGUUUCAACUCCGCCUGGCCGCGACUCAUCGGUCUUGCAGAGACUUUUGCCAAUCCGAGGCCGCCCUGCUCGCGCAGUCCGAGCAACUUUUGCAGUCUUCGCGCUCUUUGGCCGAGCUAAAUCCCUCCCUUCCGCUCUAUGCGGUAGCUUUAACCGUGCUCAUGCAUCUUCGAUCGGGCUCCUACCGUAAUGCGACCGCCUUUCUGCCAGAAUUAUCAACUCUUGCUUAUGCAGUGCAGCAGCAAGACGCAGACUCUUCUGCACAUGCUUCCACUCGUAUGAUGCCGUUUUCGUCAGAACUCUUGAGAAACAAGCCUCUGGAAUCAACGCAGCACGGGCAGAUGCUGCAGUUUCGAUUUUUGCCCGAUAGUCAACUGCAAGCACUUGUUGCGAUCAUCCAAUUAGCAUGUGCUGUCCAAGGCUCGGAUCACGCUGAAGUCGACCGCCUUGCAAAGCAGGUCUCCUCGUUCGGCUUCAGCGAGAGCGCUGCCACCCACGCGUCGCUUCGUUCGCGCCGAUCGCUCUCUGCGCAACUACUAGAAUUCCUGUACUUGGAACUGCUGGUGUCGGUUCAAAUCACCACCCUCAACGCUGCCGAGCUUGGCAACAACAUUUCCGAAAUCACAACCCUUUGCGAGUCCAGCCCGCGCCUCUUGCGAUGUACUGGCGACGUUCUCGCCACGCUUCUCGGCUUGUAUUCUCUGCUUCUCCGGCGCACAACCGCUGCGCAGGGGCAGCUCCGCGCGGCUCUGGCUCAGUCGAGUCGCUAUGAACUCGGCGUGAUUGUCAAGGCAAACAUUGUGGCUCUCCUGCUCUCUCGCGGUCAUGCAGCUGCUGUCGAUCCCGAGCUGCGGGCACUGCUCGACGAGCUUGACGCGGAUUCCUAUCUGCUGCCGCAAAGUUUGCUGGAAGUUGAUUCUACCGCUCGACAACCAGACGUGUUUGCAGCCGUCCAAUGUUAUGUCAAGGCUGCCGUUGCGUUUUCAGAAUCCCGAAUCCACGAAGCUCGAGAGCUCUUGACCCAGUGCCUUGUUCUGGCUGAUGAAUCCGGCUCGCCGCCUCAUCUCGUCAUUGCUGUGCGAGUUUUGUUGGGCAAAGUGGACGUCCAAAUGCAGGAACCAGGAGACGAGCUGUCCCGAACAUUGGCAUCGGUCAACUCUGCCGCAACACUAGCCGGCAACGUCUUGCUUGUACAAGAGUGUCUAGAAGCUCAAAGAGAGAGUGCACUUCGGCGUAACGACCUGGCGACGGAACUCAAGCACACUGCGUCAGCCAGCAUGUUGACUGCUGAUAUCGAGAAGCGCAGAAGCGAAGCCGCUCGGCAGCCCGCGAUGGAGCGAGCAAAGUGGGUGUACAAGACCUCCGAUUUGCGGAAUCAGACUGCACAGUCAUUAGCUCGAGUCCAGCCACUGCCUCGGACUGCCCCAGCAGAUGACAUGCUACUUGCUUAAGGACACACUGCGAACAAAGAAGCGGUUUCUUUUUUCUGUCUGUGCAGUUGAAGAACAGAACCAUUACAGUUUGCAGCAGUGUUUUUGUGCAUCCAUCCAUUACAUUCGAUCUGA